UGCUGCUGCCGCCGCCGCUGCGCGCGCCGGAGAACAAUUUCCAAAACUUGGAUGGUUUUGAAUUUGAACACAAGACUAGACAUCGAAAUAAUCUUCACGUUUUUUUGAAUAAGAAGUAAUAAUGCAACGAAGGCAGGGAAGAGUCAAUGCUGGACUGCUUUUGCUGCUUUAUCAAAUUUCUCAAGUUGGUCUCCAGAAUAUUCCUUCUGUUACCCUUGGGGUACUUGCACUGAACAUUUUUCUCUUUCUGAAUCCUGUGAGGCCACUGCCUGAAGUGUGUAUCAGUGUAAAUGAAGGCUUCUACAGAAGGAACUGGCAGCGUUUACUGCUUUCUCCUGUCCACCAUGCAGAUGACUGGCAUUUAUAUUAUAACAUGAUUUCUAUGCUUUGGAAGGGUAUAAUGCUGGAAAAAAAGCUUAAGAGCAUAUGGUUUGCAUACAUAAUUGCAGUAUUUUCAGUGCUGAUUGGAGUUGUUUAUAUGGUGCUGGAAUUCAUGCUUAUGGAAAUUCUGGAUGAUCCUUCAUAUGAAAUGAAUUGUGCCGUAGGUUUUUCAGGAGUCUUGUUUGCUUUGAAAGUUCUUAACAACCAUUACAAUCCAGGAAGAGUCAGCAGUGUCCUUGGAUUACAGAUACCCAGUAAAUAUGCUUGUUGGGUAGAGCUGGUGGCUAUUCAUUUAAUCUCCCCAGGGACUUCUUUUGCUGGGCAUCUGGCAGGGAUUCUUGUUGGAUUGAUGUAUACUAUGGGACCUCUGAAAAAGAUCAUGAAAGCCUGUGCAGGUGGCAUUUCUUCAUUCACUGACCCUGCCAGGCCAAGGGACUACUAUCCAGAGUAUUAUGGCUAUCCAGGUUAUCAAUACAGAAUGCCAAGGAGUUAUUAUGAUUAUACAGGUGGGCUUACUGAAGAAGAACAGCUUGAAAGGGCAGUGCUAAACAGUCUUAAUGAAAGAGAUUUUGGUGGAGCAGUGUAUAAUAAUGAGCAGUGACCCUAUGGUUUUUGGUUUCCACCUGAGCAGCAUUCAGAAGAGGAAAUAAGAAGGCAAAGGCUUUGUAGGUUUGAGAGACAAUGAAAUUGACAGGUGUUGAUGUAAAUUGUAAAGUGUUAUUCUGAGUUAUGAAAAUAUUUGCAGAUUUAUUUGUAAUAUGCAGAUUCGCUGUUAUAUUUUUCCAGUUUUUUAGUACUAGUUGCAAAACUACAGAGGAUUUCUGUGAGUUCAGGCUCAAAAUUAGAACAUGCAUAAAAAGUGUGAGACAGGAAUCAAAAUGUCAUCUUUGGUAGUCUCCAUCCUAAUGCACCUUAAAUAUGGAAGAUGACUGAUGUUUUUACCAAACUGUCUUUUUUCUUAAGUUCUUGAAGCUACACAAAAGAAUUCCUUGGCUUUUUGACUGCUGGUAUUCCUAGACAACAGGUUUUCUUCAUCCAUCACAGAUGAAAAAAACAUUACUUUUUUUAUACAGUUGUAAAGCUAUGCAAUUUUUCCUUACAAACUUGUCUCUGUUCAUGAUGACCAAUUGUUUUGGGGAUUGGCAUGUGAAAUGUCACUUGAAAAGACUGCUUUGAUGACAACAGCUAUAUCAUAUGAGACCAGGCUUAAGCUUUUCAGCAGUCUUGCAAACUGUGUGAAAAAAUAGUUGCAGCUAUUCUUACCCUAAGGAGUUACUUAAUACACCUUAGUGUUGCAGUCUUCCUUAAAACAUGCUAUUUUAUCUAGAGCUUGUAUGUGAUAAAAAAUAGUUGUAACUACUUACUAUUUCCUAAAGCUUUUCUUAAUAUUUAUGUUUGAAAUAAAAAGCUUCCUUUUAGAGUUGAAAUAACAUGUUAGGAGUUUUAUGAAGAGGGAGGUGGAUAUGCCAUACAAAGAAUAUAUUUAUUUAGUAACUUAUACUUUUUCAAAGAAUCUAUUUCCCCUUUAAAGAAGGCUUGGAAAUUGUAUCAUGUAUAUGCUAUAUAUAUAUAGCUAUGACUUAGUCGCCAUCACAGAAACAUGGUGGGAUGACUUCCAUGACUGGA